AUGAACAUUGAAUAUCAUGCCAUAAACUUUGAAACACAUGAACUACCAGCAAUGUUAGAGAAGAAAGCCGACAAGAACCAUACACAUAAAUCCUUCACUACUGUUAGAGCAGACGACAUAAUAUUGAACUAUACCCUUGGUUCAAGUGCACCAUUAGAAAAUCCGAGUACAAGCGUAAAAGAUACACUAAACUCCUUAAAUAACAAAUGUAUGAAUAUCGAAGGUCAUGUCAGAAACUUUGAAACACAUGAACUACCAGCAAUGUUAGAGAAGAAAGCCGACAAGAACCAUACACAUAAAUCCUUCACUACUGUUAGAGCAGACGACAUAAUAUUGAACUAUACCCUUGGUUCAAGUGCACCAUUAGAAAAUCCGAGUACAAGCGUAAAAGAUACACUAAACUCCUUAAAUGGUAAAUGUAUGAACAUUGAAUAUCAUGCCAUAAACUUUGAAACAUAUGAACUACCAGCAAUGUUAGAUAAGAAAGCCGACAAAACAGAGCUUCAAACAUUAAAGACUGAAAUACUUCAAACAUUAUAUCCUAUAGGCUCUAUUUAUACAUCAAUGAACUCAACAAAUCCAGAAACAGUUUUAGGUUUUGGUACGUGGAAGCAGAUUGUAGAUAAAUUCUUAUACUGUGCUAGAUAUUCAAAGCAAACAGGAGGUUCGAAGAAAAUUAAAGAAGCAAACCUUCCACCGCACACUCAUACAGGAACUACAAACACAACAGGUAGUCAUUCAGAUUCAAUAACAAAAAGAGGUUAUACAAAUCUUGCAGCAGGUUCGGAUAGACAGGGAAUGAAUAGAUAUGAUAUUUCAAGUGACCCAGUAGAUUCAAGCACAGGUAUUUUUUGUGGAACCACAGGAAAUCAUUCACACACUUUCACAACAAAUCCAACAGGCUCGGGUGAAGAUUAUAUGCCACCAUUUAUGACUAUAUUCGCAUGGUACCGUCUUGAAUAA